GUACCGGCCGACCGUAUAGGCGGCCAUUCAGCAUACAUACGAAAGCGUAUAGUGGUAUCAAUUUCGUAGAACUUAAGCCUAAUAGUGAUGCGGGCGAGUCGUGCUAUGGCCAAGUUCUCUGUCUCUCUUUUUUCUACUUUAUUCUGCAUUACUGAGCAGGAAAUUAAUGUGUUACAGCAGACCCUGGAAUUUCGCCGAAAUCGGGUAAUUGAGGACACAAAAGAUUAAACAAUAUAGGGCAGCUAAUAAUUUUACAGCAUGAUUCCUGACGGUUCUAUCAUAGUGGAAUCCACUGUCUCCUCGAAAGGACUAUCAUGGGUUGACCGAAUGUACCAAAAAUUUGAGCACAUUUGUGAAGAGGUGGAUAAAAACCCUUCUCAUUUAAUACAGGAGACAACCAAGUAUGUAGAAAAUCAGGUGAGCAUUGCAGGGGCAAACGUACGUAAAAUAUGUGCAGAAGUUAUACAGGAAAUCCUGCCACCAGCUCCUGAAGCUGCUAUCAAGAGUUUAUCGUCUAUUAUAACUGUUGAUUUAGAGGAAAAGUUCAUCAUUUCAGAAAAGCCCAAGCCAGAUCCUGAAAAAACUAAUUCGUUGAUUACAAAGUCUGUGGACCUUUAUAAGUCGAAGCAGGACUUUGCUAAUGUUAAGAAAGAACCUGAUGUUGUGUUUGCAUCAUGUGAGACAUUACACAAGAGCAUUCAAUGCAAUCCUCAAGAUGCAGACUCUGACUUAUCAAUCUUAAACACAUCAAGGCUGACACCACCUCCACAUCUUCAAGAAACAUUGGAUGCAGAAAAGCAGUCUGCGACUCUUACUCUAGAACCUGACAAUCGUACUGAUGAUGUAUAUAAUGUACACAAAUUGCUAUCACUUCCUUUUGCUGAUCCCAUUAAGGAACAACAGUCCAAGUCAAUUCAAUUGGAUGGCUCAAUACGGGCUGAUGAAAUGGGGAAAACACCAUUGGACGUCUUUGAGGAUCUACCAGAAAUUAAUGAUGGACUAACAGUCCGUGCAGCUAUUGAACCUUUCUGUGUAGAUCAUUUCCAAUCCUGCAAGUUCAACAGUACUGUGGAUGAAAGUGAGCAAUCAGCAUACUGGUAUGGAGCUGGCAGCAUUGAUAUUCCAGCAUCUAAUUCCUUUUAUGAGGUUCCGGAUGCCAACAAGGAUCAUAGCACUGAACAUUGUGAUUCAGACUGGGAAGUUCUAUAAGAUAUUACAACUGUGUAUUCUGGGACAACUGGAACCUAUGUGCGUAAAGGUAGUGCCUUAUGUAAGUUACUAUAAUCUUCGAGCCUGAUUCAGUUUGAGAGGCAGGUUUCGUUGAUUACCUUGUUACAGAAUGGUUACAUUUGAUUAGUCAGUGGAUUUAGGUCAGGAUAGUUACUCUAGGCUUAUCUGUCAAGCAGGUAUUCUCCAGGAAUCCAUUAUGGAUAGGAAUUGCUGCAAUUGCAAGUAUUUAUAGUUAUUGGACACCCUUCUUUCAUGUUUGAGGCUGGUCUUUAGAACAUACUUCAGGGUAGGCUGGAAACUAACUUGUUUCUAGCAUCAAAAUGCGUAAACCUACUUGUACCUUGUCAUUGAAAGUUUUCUUUUAUAUUUAGGUCCCAUCUAAAUCUGUAUGUAAACUGUUUAAUAUUUAUUUGUAUGGAACGUGUCUGGAAAACCUCCACAAAAUUGUGAUCA